UUGUUUUCUUCCAUGAUUUUCAGGAUGUUCUAUUUUUUCUUUCCGACGAGGGGGAAUAAUCCGAACGCUCCGGUAGCAAUAUGGCUGAAUGGAGGACCAGGAUGUUCCGGUGAAAUAUCACUGUUCUAUGAUAAUGGCCCUGUACGCCUUAAUCCAGAUCUCACCCUUGCCUGGAACGCAUAUGGUUGGGACCAGGUGUUCAACAUUAUUUACGUGGACCAGCCAACCGGCACCGGAUUCAGUUACUCCACCGAUCCCGGCGACACCCGCCACGACGAAGCCGGCGUUACCGACGACUUGUACACCUUCUUGCAGCGCGACUUCUACAUCACCGGAGAAUCGUACGCCGGCCACUACGUCCCUGCCCUGGCUUCCCGCAUUUUCAAAGCCAACACCAACGCCGGCGAGGAAAUAAUUCGUAUAAACUUGAAGGGGUUCGCCAUCGGCAACGGGAUCACCGAUCCCGCCGUCCAGUUCAAAUCCUACCCAGAUUUCGCACUGUCGUCAAAACUGAUCUCGCAGUCCGAUCAUGAUUCCAUCGCCAGCCAGCUGGUUCCCCCAUGUUUGACCGCGUGGUUCGACAUCAGAAAGCACUGCGCCGACCACAUCUGCCUGGACCGGACCAGAAUGGAUCAAUUCCUGACCGACCCAAAAGUCAGGGCGGCCAUCGGCGUGGCGCCGGACUACGACUUCGUCUACUGCAACCUCACGGUCUACGGCGCAAUGAGAGGGGACUGGCUGGCGGACCUGAAACUCGGCAUCCCGGAGCUCCUCCAGAGCGGGAUCAGGGCGCUAAUCUACGUCGGAGAGUACGAUCUGAUAUGCAAUUGGGCCGGGAACUCCGAGUGGGUCAAUGCCCUGAACUGGUCGGGCCAGCCGGGGUUCGAUGCGGCUCAAACGGUGCCGUUUGUAUUGGGAGGAAGGAAAGCAGGGGAGCUGAAGAGCUAUGGGCCCUUGGCGUUGCUCAAGGUUUACGACGCGGGUCAUAUGGUUCCGAUGGACCAGCCGCGGGCCGCGUUGCAGAUGAUUCAGAGUUGGGUUGAGGGUGGGCUCGGUUAA